AUGACCGCAGGCGACCAGGUGACAUCUGCGAAAUGGGCGACUGGAAGAGUAAAUAAGAACAACCUAAGUUUAAGUAAACUACCACUAAGAGUCCAAUACCGCAUUGCUACGUGGAACAUACGGGGGCUGUUGCAGGCGGGAAAAUUAUUUAUACUGGAACAAGAAUUAAUUAAACAAAACAUCGAUAUAUGUGGGAUAGCCGAGACGCAUUGGAAAGAUAGGGGUCAUUUCGAAGGUACAGAAUACAAGAUAUUUAUAUCAGGUGCCGAAAAGACUGGACAGAGAGGUGUAGCCAUACUAGUGUCAAAAAAACUAGCUCGGAGCGUUUAUGAGUAUCUACCGAUAAACGAUCGACUGAUCAUGAUAACUUUCAACGCAAAACCUACCAAACUACAUAUAUUUCAAGUCUACAUGCCUACAACUGAUGCCGAUGAUGACGAGGUAGAGGAAGUAUAUAAAGUACUGGAAGAGAAGAUCUCAAAGAUCCCAAGGAAACAUAUUGUCAUAGUAAUGGGGGAUUGGAACGCUAAAGUCGGCGAGACACUAAACGAUGAUAACUUACGGGAAACCGUAGGUGAAUAUGGACUCGGUGAACGCAAUGCGAGGGGAGAGCGCCUGAUACAAUUUUCUGUGGAUAAUGAAUUCACAAUCACAAACACUAACUUUAAGAAACACCCCAGAAGACUAUCUACAUGGACAUCGCCAGGCGCAAGAUAUAAAAACCAAAUUGACUAUAUUCUAGUAAGGAAGAGAUGGAAAACUUCAGUUAAGGAUGUCGAAACCAGAACAAGUGCUGAAGGUGGUUCUGAUCACAAACUACUGAGAGCUGAAUUCAAAAUAAAGUUCCACGGAAUAUCGAAACCUAUGAGCACAACCAGGGUUGUACCAGAAGACCUAGCCAAAUUCCAAUCGGCCUUGAAGAAUAGCAUAAAACCGAAAGCUACAGGAGACCCCGAAAAAACUUGGAUUGACACAAAACAGUGGAUUCUCAAUGCUAUUGACUCAACAAAUUCCAAAAAACAAUUGCAGAGACGGAAACACUGGAUGUCAGAUGAAACAAUGGAACUUGUAGAUCUCGGAAGAGCAGACUGGAUUUGUCCCUGGAAAGGGCACCCGUGA